GCGCGGGCGGACCGAGCUCGGAGGCACUGCGCAUGCGCGAGGCAACUUGACAUGAAUGGUGCUUCACGUCUCAAGACAUCUCGAGUCCAGGUGAGGACAUCCCGUCCCUCGGGUUAUCUGUCGCUCGCCGGCCCGGGUGUCUCUCCGUAACCACCAUGGAAAGCUGAGGAGGACGGACGGUUAACGAAGCCCCUGCAGCGCCCCCCCCCCCCCCCCCCCCCCCUGCUCGCCACUCACGCUGACCGGCGAAGCUCCCUCCGCCAUGGCUGAAGAAGACUAUGGCGCCUUUGUGGACUGGACCCAGAUGGGGGACCUGGCCAAGAGCAGCGGGCCCACCAAGGUGGACUGUAAGGACCUGAAAGCGUUCAAGCAGAUGGCCCGCCAGGGCUACUGGGCCAAGAACCACAAGCUGCGAGCGCAGGUCUACCAGCAGCUCAUCAAGGCCAUCCCCUGUCGUACGGUCACCCCGGACGCUGCGGUGUACCGCGACAUCGUGGGAAACGCCGCCGCCACCAAGAAGCCCUCCUCGCACAUCCCGCUGCCGGAGUUUGUGGACGGGAGUCCUCUGCCGCGGUACUGCCUGAAGGCGGAGGCGGUAGCCUCGGCCCACCGGGUCGCCAACUGCGUGGCGGGGCAGUUCCCGGACAUCUCCCACUGCCCGUCGCUCCCGGCCGUCACCUCGCUGCUGCUGCACUUCAGCGCCGACGAGGCGCAGUGCUUCGAGCUGGUGAGCCGCAUGCUGUCCUGCAACGAGCCCGGCAAGCGCCUGCUGGACCAGACCUUCCUGGCCCACGAGUCGGGCUGCAUGACCUUCGGCGACCUGGCCAACAAGUACUGCAGCGCCGCCCACAGGAUGAUCGUGGCCAGCGCCCAGGACGUGCUCGACGUGUACUCCGACUGGCAGCGCUGGGUGCUGGGCGACCUGCCCUUCGGCCACGUGGUCCGGGUCCUCGACAUCUACCUGGUGGAGGGCUACAAAGUCCUCUUCCGCGUGGCCAUCGCCUUGCUCAAGUUCUACCGCAAGCACAAAGCGGAGGCCCAGGGCGCCGCGGAGCCGGAUUCCAACAGGGUCCGGGACGAGAUUCAGGCUUUCGUCAGGGGCAUCGGCGCCAGCGUCACGCCGGAGAAGCUGCUGGAGAAGGCCUUCUCCAUCCGCAUGCUCAGCCGCAAGGAGAUCACCCUGCUGCAGCUCACCAAUGAGAGGUCCCUUCAGCAGAAAGGCAUCACUGUCAAGCAGAAGCGGCGCAACGUGCAGCUGGCGCUCAACCCCGACACCUUCUCCUCCGAGAUUGUGAGUGCCAAGGAGAUGCGGGACAUCUGGUCGUGGAUCCCUGAGCGCUUUGCCCUCUGCCAACCGCAGCUCCUCUUCACCACCUCCACCCACGGGUGCAGCCUGAACAGAUUCUACGCGCAUUGCGAAGGCUACGAGCCCACGCUGCUCCUCAUCCGGACCACAGACGGCGACGUAUGUGGAGCCUUCCUGUCCACGGACUGGGAGGAGCGGAAGAGAGGAGGCAACAAGUUGAGCUUCUUUGGCACAGGGGAGUGCUUUGUCUUCAGGCUGAAGCCAGAGAUGGAGCGCUACGAGUGGGUGGUGAUCCGCCACCCUGAGUUGGCCUCGUCCAGCAAGACUCCUGACCCCGACGACGCGGCCCCCCCUGAGGGGCAGCAGGCGGACGGCAAUGGCUUAGAGCAGCCGGAGAGACCCGCUGGGGACCUGUCGCCCUUCCUCUCCGCUCGCCACUUCAACCUUAACUCGAAGAAUACGUCCAUGUUCAUGGCUGGCAACUUUGACUCCAUCAUAGUGGGAGGGGGCGACGGCAACGCGCUCUACAUCGACUCUGAGCUCAACCACGGGCGCGCCGGCCGCUGCACCACCUUCGACAACCCCCUGCUGUGUGCCGAGAGCUUCCAGGUCGCCCUGCUGGAGGUGUGGGGUUUCCAGGACGCCAUGGCGCCGUAGGGCCUGUUCCAUACGGGCAUAGACUCAAACAUAUUAACGCAGAAAACGAUGACAUGAAACGUCCUGCAAACACUUAGAGCUCGAAAACAGAACAAAGUCCGUCCUGAAAGUUCCUAUAUUAUGGACCAUUUUUUAUUUAUUAAUGCAGUUAAAAUCAAAUUCAACAUGUGAUCUUUGUUUUUCUGUUUUAUUUUUGUCAUUACAGAUUUGUAUUCUGGUUUGCUGAUCAAUGUUUAAGUGUGCUGUGAUAUUGAGGAAGUGGACCCGAGCUAAAGCCAACAUGAGGAUUAUUUAAACGCGUUUAUGCUCCGCUGAAAUGUUUUAAUUUCUGAAUGUAAAUCCAACCUUUUAUGUGCUGUCGUUUAGCUCAAUCUGCCAAAUUUGCUGUAUAGUUGUUAAAAAAUAUAUAUUAACCAGGCCAUAAUGAUGGUCAGCAUUAAAAUGUGUGAUUUCGAGGGUGUAUCGGGUUAAGAUAAGAUGAACUCAGUCCCGAACACGGGAGACCUGCUGAUAAAUCAAUGUGGUAAAUGUUUGUGGAUAUCAUGAAUUUGAGUGUCGACGCUUUCCUUUUUAAAAGUAUAAGAAUUUUCAUGCACAUGUGAAGUACAGACUUUUUAAAAAGUCAAAACUGUCUUGGUUUAAAACGUAAUGAAAAGCUCAUCCUUCUCUUCACUCUCCGUCCUCGCGGUGCGAAGACUGUCCAAGCGGGGGUCCGGUGGGCAGAGGGUCAUUGGGACGCACGCCCUGUUUGUUUGUGUAGGUUCAACCUCGUGUGGCGGUGAGACGUUGGAUAACCACUAAAUGUAUCCCACAUGUGCUCUCGGUAAAGGAAAGUGACUCGCUAUGUGUUUGUCCUGCUGCUACUCCUUUUGCUUAUCCCGCUCUGUUUACUACAAGUUUACUGUGAAGUCAAUGUGGGGAAAUAAUACUUUGUUUAAAUAGUGUUGCAAAAAUACGCCGUGCAAUUAUAUCCGUUGUAUUAAACAGAAUGAAAACGUGUUGUAGGCUUUGAAAGGUCUUUUCAAAGAGAAACGAGCACGUUGGGGCACAUCUACAGUAGGGAGGUCUGACGCCAAAGUCAUCCACCGUUCUAUUCUGGUUGGGCUGUUUGCACUUUGUGGAAGCUGACGCUGAGCGGCGUGACUGGAAAUGUCUUAACGCAGAUGAGUCAGACACGUCUACGAGUGUAUAUGUGGAACCCUCGUAGUCGCUUUUACUACCUAAUAUCUUAUUGAACUGAUUCCAUUUAUGUGACUUGUUUCAACUUGAUAAAUGUGUUCUGCAGCUGAAACCCUCCCAAUAAAUUAGUAAUUCAUUUGAAUUCAA